AUGUCGGUAACUGUUGUUCAGCCGAUAGAAGCUGCUGAAAGAGGGUGGUUUCAAGGUGCUUCCUAUGUGGUUCCUCCAAUUCCUCUACAGCAAGCUCCAUAUGCGGAAUGGGCUCAUCAUCACUGGGUGUGGAUUGAUCAUACAAGAGAGAACCAACAAGUACUCCUUAAUUUAGUGAAUCGAUAUUUAGCAUUGGAUAUUCCAGUGGGUGCUAUUGAUGUUGAUUCCGAAUGGAGUACAGGAAUUAAUAAUUUUGUGGUCGACAAAACUAAAUUCCCAAACUUUUAUCAAUUUGUGAAACAACUGCACUCGAUGAAUGUAAAAGUCAUUUGUUGGGCUACUUCUGUGGUGGAUACAGACUCUCCAAAUUAUAAUGAUGGAAAACAAAAAGGGUUCUAUUUGAAUGAUGGAGCAACAGUGAAAUGGUGGCAUGGAAGAGGAAGUUUUAUCGAUUACUCAAACCCAGAUGCUGUGAAUUGGUGGCACAAACAAUUGGAUAAUGUGUUAAUUUUGAAUCAAACGGAUCCAAAGGAAGGAAUUGAUGGAUGGAAAUGUGAUGGAACUGACCCAUAUGUCUAUGAAUUUAUUUACAUUUAUGGUAAAAAAGGUCACAUCUCAGAACGCGAAUAUGCUGACAUGUAUUAUAGAGACUUUUUCUAUUACACCAAACAAGUAAGAGGAGAUGGUCUCAUCAUGGCUCGACCAGUAGAUUCAUAUUUUGGAAAAAUAUUUCUGGACUUUGCCCCAAGGGAUGUUGUUUUUAGUGGUUGGGUGGGAGAUCAAGAUCCAACAUUCCAAGGUAUGCAAGAUGCUCUAUUAAAUAUGUUCCACUCUGCAUGGAAUAAGUACGUCGGAUUUGGAAGUGACAUUGGUGGAUAUAGAGGCCCUCAGAAACGAGAGCUGGCUUUGUUUAUUAGAUGGUUCCAAAUGGGAGCAUUUAAUAGUUUGAUGGAAAAUGGUGGAGAUGGCCCUCAUGAACCUUGGAACUAUGAUGACGCUACAAUCAAUGUGACAAGUAUUUACAGAAAAUUUGUUCAUAUUCACUAUGAACUUAAUCCAUUUCUUUACUCAACAGGUAUAGCUGCCUACAACAACCAUCAAAGCAUUAUGAACCCACUAGCAUCAUGGACACUAUUCACACCAGAUACAUGGACAUACACAUUGGGAAAGGAUAUUCUUGUGACACCAAUGUUGAGCUCAUCGCCAUAUGUUGUGGUUACAUUCCCAACUGGCAAAUGGAUUGAUUAUUUCAAUCACAACGUUGUAUUUGACGCAAGUGGAGCAGAAGUAUUCAAUUACUCAACCUUUGAACAAUUCCCAGUUUUCUACAGAGCAGGAAGUAUCAUUCCUCUUAACAUCACUACAGAUUAUGCCAACACCUUUGGAACAUCUAAAACCCAUGGUGGAUACCUUACACUUGCUAUUCACUAUCCUUCUGAAAAUAUGGAAGAGGAGCAAACCAUUUACUCUCAUGGAAUUCAUGUGAAGUAUCAAAGAGAUGAUUCCUCUAGUGGAAUGACUAUUUCAAUUACAGCUCCAAAUAGUUUUAGAAGCGAUUACAAGAAUAUGAAAAUCAUGUUAGACAUCAGGGGAUUACGAUCAAGUAGUAAGAAUGGUUUUAAGAUUUCACAAUUUUCGUUCUACGAACAAAAAUAUAUUGAUUUACCAAGAUUUGACUCUGUUCAAGAUUUUUCAAAGGCACACAAAGAUGACGUUUUUGGAGGCUUCCUACAAAGUCCUGUGAGCACUUUUGAAAAUAUUGACAAAAUUCACAAUCAAAAGAGCACUAUUGAACAUGAACCUCUCUUAAUUAAGAUUCAUGAUGUUCUGAGAGGAGUUAAAUUGAUAAUUCAAUAA